AUGUCGUUAUCAACUACAAACUCAAGCAUUACUACAAUAGAAUUAAGUAAACCUGAUAUAGCUAUUAGUUAUAUAGGUCGUUUUUGGCUUUUUCUCAUACCAACUACUUUAUCAAUUGUGUGCUGUUUGUUUCUUCUUUUUCAUCUUUUAUUUGAUCGAACUCUUCGUCAUGCAUUACAUAAUCAUGUAAUAAUAGUUCUCAUAUUCAUGUGUCUUAUAUGGGCAAUGACUGUUGCUCCUGCUACGAUGCAUGUUUAUUUAUUCAAUAUAGUUUGGUCACAAACUCCAACAUUUUGUAUGAUUUGGAAGUUUCUUGAUUCAUGUAUUUAUACAUCAAUAGCCAAAUUGGUAGCAUGGGCUUCAAUUGAACGACAUAUUAUUAUAUUUCAUAACAAAUGGGUAUCAACAAAAAUAAAACGUCUUUUGUUCCAUUAUACUCCAUUAUUACUAAUUGUUAUAUGUGAUAUCAUUUGUUAUGCAAUAAUAACUCCAAUGAAUGACUGCAACAGAAAAUUCUCUUAUACAAAACCAUUCUGUGAUUAUUCUAGUUGUAUGUAUAAUAGUAUAUCAUUUAUGCAUUUUGAAUCUUUUACUGGUGCAGUUAUACCAUCUUUGAUUAUUGCAUUUGGUAGCUUUUUUCUUGUCUUACGUGCCAUUUGUCAGAAAUGUCGUUUUCAUCGACAAGUUCAUUGGUGA